UUUUCAGUCUCCAAUCACAUCGUUUGUCGCUUUAUGCGAGAAGUUGUAACUUCUACAUUUCUACAUCAUGCGAUAGGUGUCACAAUCGAUCACAAUCGUCACAACGUUCAUGGUUCACAAUGGUUAUGAGGGUUAUGAGAAACCAGUCAUGGAAACAUCAAGGUUGAAAAUGAGUUUUAAACUGAAUCUGAUUGUAGCAGUUAGUGAAAAUAUGGGUAUCGGUAUAAAUGGGGAUUUGCCCUGGAGAUUAAGAAAAGAGAUGGCACACUUUUCACGAAUGACCAAGUGCACAAAGGAUUCCACCAAACAGAAUGCAGUGAUAAUGGGGAGAAAGACAUGGGAGUCAAUUCCAGAAAAGAAGCGACCCCUUGAAGGACGGAUCAACCUUGUACUGUCACGACAAAAUCUGUAUGUAUAGAAAGUGCGCUACAAACUAAGUUCUUC